AUGCCUCCACGACGAGACGCAGGAUUCAUGGACGUUGACGAUUCCGACUCUGACAUUUCAAUUGACAACGACAUUGAAGGUCCCAGGAAGAAAAACAAGGGAAAGGGUAAAGCGACAGACAAAGGAAAGUCGGCCAAGAAGAAGACGAAAACCAAUGAAACACUGGCAUACACCUGGGAAGCCUCAUACACACGAUCAUGGGAUACUGUACAAGAAGAUGAAGCAGGAAGUCUCCAAACUUCCGUUGAAGAGCUUAUGGCUCGAGGGAGGAGACGUAGACUCCUCGCACCUGCUGCUCCAAUACGAAGAACGAUCAUCCGUCACCUAAUCAUCAUCCUCGACCUCUCACAAUCCAUGAUGGACCGAGAUAUGCGUCCUACACGAUUCGACUUGACAUUACAGUACACGCGAGAAUUCAUCGCAGAAUGGUUUGACCAGAAUCCGCUUGGUCAGAUUGGGAUUGUUGGGAUGAGGGCUGGGUUGGCGUCCACCUUCGUGAAGUUUACUGAAUGUAGACGCAUAGGAAACCCUCAAGAAGUUCUACGUGCAAUUGCAGAUAGACAUAAACUAGAGCCCACUGGAGAGCCCAGUCUCCAAAAUGCCAUUGAAAUGGCACGAAGCAACAUGAACAACAUUGCUAACGAGUCCGUCUCAAGUCACCUCCCGACGCACUCCUCCCGUGAAAUUCUGAUUCUCUUUGGCUCACUGACGACCUGUGACCCGGGGAACAUCCACGACACUCUCGAAACGUGUAUCAAGAACAAGAUUCGCAUCUCCGUCGUCGCUCUGGCCGCCGAAAUGAAGAUCUGUCGCGAACUGUGUGACAAGACUGGUGACUACAUUCCUAAGGAAGGUCAAUUUGGCGUUGCAAUGAACGAAGGUCACUACAAAGAUCUCUUGUUCGAGCUGGUUCCUCCACCCGCUCAAAAGGCCGCACCCCGUCCCGCAGGUCCGGGUUCUGCGCCGCAACCUCCAUCUACCAACCCAGCCGCUGACCUCAUGAUGAUGGGUUUUCCAACUCGCCUACCCGAAUCGUCCCAACCAACCCUCUGUGUCUGCCACUCCGAACUGAAAAGCCAGGGUUUCCUCUGCCCACGGUGCCAGUCCAAAGUCUGCGACGUGCCCACAGAUUGUGAUGUCUGUGGGUUGAUGAUCACCAUCAUUGCAGGAGAUAACGAACACUGCUCCAGCAUGCCACGGCUGCUCACGCCCUUUCCCCACCUCCCCGCCUGCCAACGCCGUCGUAACGGAAGGGGUAUCCCCCGUAGGGCGUUACAGAUGUCCAGAAUGUAG